UGGUGAUCAGGUGCUUGCUCCGGAUUCGCCUUUUACCUUUUACGACCUACGACGCAUGUACUUCGACGUACAGUAGUACACCGGAAGUCCUCGAUUCGCUACACCGGCAGUGUCGAGUUUCAGCACUGAAAUAGAUUGGACCCGCGUACAAGUCGAGUGGUCCCAUGCCGCAGGGCAACCCGGUGUAUGUGCGGGUUGGUGGCGAGUUUGAUGAAGGACGCCCGGUGGCCCUUCCGCUUCACCGACAGCGGGAUGCGCGAGGAGUCGUGCCUCCGUCGCGGGGAAGGAGGAAGGAGUGGUGGUGGCAGCCUGGCCCUGUCGAUACCGUCGGGUUUUGCUGGGACCUCGAUAUGGGAGUGGGGCUAAAUGCAGUUGGUGAACUCGUCUAUGGAAUCCUGGCGUUCGCGUCCAUCGGUCAUCGUCUUGCAGCGGACACGUCAACGGUGGUAGUCCAGGAAAAAGAGGAGGAGUUUGCGAGGGACUGCGAAGGGCUUGAGCAAAUGCCCUACAAGUGCGAGCGUCUCAUCGGCAGCAUUCUGGAACUCACCCUGGCGAACGACACCUUGGUGCCCAACGUCCUGGCAGCUGCCGUUUUGCUCAUGCUCGGCUGGCUCGGGCUCCGGGCCUGGUGGUGUUUCGACGCACGCGCGGCGAAAUUCAACCUCUGGCUCCGUCCGUUGAUGUUCCUGAUGUCGGCGGUGGUCAUGGCGAUACGAGUAACGAAGGAGAUGAGCUACGGCAGGCACCCAGUGUGGGACCUCUAUGUAUUUUGGCUGCUCUUGAUGGUGUUAUCCAUGAUGUACUCGUCUAAGGUCAUGUGGUCUUACCACAUAUUCUUGCUGAAGAAGACCUCACGCGCCACACGGGAGGCGGGCAUGGUCGAACUUGACGCGACGUCCCCGACCGUUUGACGGCAACACCAAGGGUACCAACCAAGAUCGCGCCAGCCAGCGUUUCGCAAUGUGCUCGGGAUUGCAUGUGGAUGAAAACCACAGCAUUAGCCCCCCUUUUGGCGCUAGCGAGCCCAUGUUCCUUCGCCAUUGGUUGGCUUGUUUGCACUCCCUGCGAGGAUAACCGCGGAUUGCGAGCAAUCGAAACGCGAACACUCUGGUCGGCGUUGCCUGACUAAAACUUCGUCGGUGUUGCGCGGCCGCUAGAUGCGCAUGUACAUAGUACGAGGUUGGGUCACAACGCGACGGAAGCCUGCGUGAAGCUAGAACAAGGGUGGACGAGUUUUUGGGGUAGAAGCAAACGUUGCGCGACACGCGAGACUCUGUCUUCUAGACUUAAAAAUAAUGUUGAGUCGAGUCUACUGUAACAGGGACGGGGGCCGGGGCCUGGUGUACUUCGUUCAGCGAUCACUCGGGAUUGGUCUCCAGUGAUUCGCCGCCUGCUUCCACAGAAUGUGCCGUUGAAGCGUUCACCGUUCAACACCAAUAUGAGGGAUGGUACCAUGAAACAGCCAAGGAUAACAACACGACAAAUAAAUGAAGGGAAUGCAUCAC